AAAACGCCUACGUAACUCGCUGUAGCUCGACACGCUCAAGAUUGCUUUGUGUGUUUGUACUUAGAAAUUAAAAGCCAAUAAAAGCUCUUUCGACCUUAUAUUGGUUCGUGUGUGGACACGAUUCGAGUCCGACGAUCUAAUCGAUUUUUACACGUGUUGCGUCCAGAUACACUCAUAUGGCAGAUACGACUGAUGGAUGGGGAUUUUUAGCUGAUAUUGAGGGGUUCGGUAGACCCGAUGCAGAGGGAGAUUUCGAGGAGGUUCCUUAUAAUGAAGCUUUGGGAAGGACAUGGGGGAAGCAAGGCGGUAAACCGUAUCGACAUGCCGCCCAUGCCUUCCUGUACGCUCUAGAUGGCAAGAAAGUGUGGGGACUGUAUGAGAAUAAGGCAGUUAUUUUGAUGAACAUGAGAGUAGACGGCUACAUAGGAUUUCCUGGCGGAAUCAUUGACGAUGGAGAAACCCCUGAAGAAGGUCUGAACCGAGAACUCGAAGAAGAGAUUGGUUUGGAUUUAACCAAGCACAGUUUCUGUAAAGGCGAUCACUUAGUAUCACAUGUUAACCACAGGAAAGGGAUGGUGCUUCACUUCUAUUGCAAGAGAGUCACAUUGGAGGAUUGUUUUGAAAUAGAGAAAAGCACGCUUCAUGCAAAGGAGUACGGUAUUGAGGUACUGGGUUCUGUGCGCGUGCCAAUGUUCACGUACCCGGAUGAAGAAAGGGGGCUCCCGAUAUUUCUUACCAACCGGUUUUGUGGCAAUUCCAAGGAACAGCUACUGAUGGGCAUUGAAAGAAUGAAGAUAAUGACAACAGAGGAAAUUCAAUUGGCGUUAAAACACAGUGAGAGUUACAAUAAAAAGUUCAAAUUGUGAAUAAAAUGACCGUUAGGUGUCGUUGAAUUUCUCAGAGGUUCGAUAAAAUGGAAUUGGAGGUAUUAGCGCAUCGGGAAACUCAAAGAAAUGGUAUAUGCUGGACAUAUCAGUUAUAUCUUAUUUUAGCUGAACAGAUAUACAUGUAAAAAAACGUGUGUAUCGGUAAUCUUCCAAAAAUAAUUGACAUCACGUGUAUAGAUCACAGAAUGACAGAUUAUUGAUAUAUUAAUAAGUUCAAAGAAAUGUGCUUGCCUGGAUAUCAGAAGACCGCUUGCUGGAACUCGAGUUGGAUCACCCAAGAGAU